AGAAAUAUCAGAAGAGCUCAGGAAAUUGUUAGGGAAGAAAUAGUAUGUCUAUGAACUACAAUAUGGUUCCAAAUUAGUCAUGCAUCUAGAAAACAGAGAACUGUCAUCGGUCAUUUUAGGGAAGACUUGCAAAUGUGCUGUGUUUUCAAGGGUAGUUGAGACUGCAUAAGGCUCCCAAUUUGUCAGCUAGAAAACAGAGGAUUGCCGUUGAUCAUUGCAGGGAAAACUAGCACAUAGACGUGAUAAAUGGGUUGCGUUGGGUUAGGUCAUUAUGGUUGCAGGUUAGAUGGAUUGGAUCAAGCAGGUUUACAAGCAUAAAAGAAGGUGACCAUUGACCUACACAUUCACGAGUUAUGAGGUUUUGGCCCUACACAUGUGAGUUGCAAAUCAAAUGGAUUGAGUUAAAUAAAUUCAUAGUUGGAGUCUGCUUGUGCACACUAGCCACUCAACACUCUAGACUAGUGCAUUUUUGGAUAUAUUUACCCUUGUAAUUUGUAAACCUGGUACUAUUUUUUGGAAAACUAGCAAACCAAUGGACAUUCCAUUUUUUAUGAAUAGUAUGAACCUCUUACUUCUUUUCUUCUCUAGAUUCUCAUAUGGAACUGAUAUCAUCACCUCAUUCGAAAAUCUUAUUGACGGCAGAACCUUAGUUUCUAGUGAUGGAAGCUUUGAACUGGGGUUUUUCAGCUCUGGAAGCUCUGGUAGGAGUUGUUACUUGGGAAUUUGGUUCAGGAAAGUCUCAGUUCAAGGGUUACAAACAGGUGCAGCCCAAUAAACGACUUGUCAGGUGUUUUGAUGAUAAUUGAUAAAUAGCAUGGGCAAUCUGGUACUCCUCAGUCAAAGCAGAAGUGUUGUUUGGGCAUCAAACUCAAAGAUAGAAGCUCAAAACCUACUAGUGCAGCUCCUGGAUUCUGGAAAUCUUGUUCUAAAAGAUAGAAUUGCUGGUAAAUCAGAAAUACUUUUGUGGCAAAGCUUUGAUUAUCCUACCGAUACUU